AUGGCAUACCACCAGGGACAGCCCGCCGGCGGCAUAAGCAGUCUUCAGGCUGAGCAACUGGUCAUGGAUGUGCGCCUCUCCGAGACCUGCCGUAAGAUCUUCAGAAGCCCCGAAGACCUAUACCGCCUGCGACAGGCCUCACAGUUGCAUUCGGAUGCGACACCGCCUUGGGCGGGUUACGCAGAAUUCAGAAAGUAUACGCAUUCUAUUUGGGGCACGGCAGCUGAGGCCCUCGCGCUGACUCUAUACCAUCUUGCUGCCUCGGAAGGGAUGAGUGGGAAGGAGGUGGAUCGGCGUCGCGGUGCGGCGGAGUUCGCCUGGAAUCACUGUGCAGAUGAGCCGGGUGUCGAAUGGCACUUGGAUGAUGAUGACACCUGGGAGGGGAAUCCAGCUACGGCGAGCGUCGUGUUUCGUGCAGUCGAUCUAGCGUACUGUCUCGAAGCAGAGGGUUCUCGCAGCCAACAGGCCGAUGCAGCAGCGCCAGCGGAUCCCUCUCGCUCGUGA